AAAAAGCCAGAGCUCCCUGUUAGCAUCAGAAAGUAGUGGAAUCCGAGUGCAGGCGAGUACAUGAACUCUAAGGCCUGCCUUUAUAUCAAAAGGUGAAAUAUAAACAUGGCAGGAGAAACCAAGAAUUGUUCUCUAGUUGUUCAAAAGCAAAAUGCACUGAAAACAUCAGUAAAAGAAAGGAUGAAGAAAAUUGAGGAUCCGGUAUCAAGCACCUUUAAUCAAAAGCAAGCACUGAAACUUACAAAUGAACAAAAUGCCCCUUCUUCACACAAUAAUGCUGUCAGGCCGGCAUCUAAAGGAACUCCUCGUUUUGGGAUGUUGAGCCAUCACUCCUUCUUCUCAAGACACAAUCCUCAUCCUCACCGUGUUACACACAUUCAAGGUCUCAAUGGGAACCCUGUCUGCAUCGUAAAUGACGACUGGUAUAACUCUUCACCCCUGUCUCCUCACCCUUUAAUCAAAAAUCAGCUUGCUAUGACAGUGUUGGGAGUGCCAGGACUCAAGUUGCCCUACGGAGAUGGCUAUGGAAAUAAUAGCCUGCAGCAGGGAACAGCUUUGAUAUCAGAAGCCUGGAGGGAAGAGCUAAGAGAAUUAGCAACCAAAGUUUGCACUUCCAGGCCUCAAGCAAAGGAAGACAACAAAUUAGCAGAGGAAGUGCGUAGAAGCACACAAUAUUCAGUAAAGACGGGAAGAAUAAUUCCGCCUUCCUCUCAUGCAUCAAAUCGUCAUUCAUCCCAAAAAAGGCGAUCCAGAGUCAACGACCAUGCACCAUCUCCAGCUUUUUAUGAUCAGGAACUAAUAGUUUUAGAACUGCUCUGCCAAAUUCUGCAAACUGAUUCUUUAACUAAUGUUCAACAAUGGCUUCUAUCAGCUGGCCAGCGAGAAAAAGAUCUGGUUAUGGGGAUGAUUCAGUCCGCAAUUGGCAACUUUCACUUUGACAAUCCGUUUGUGACUGAGAACCAAGAGGGUCGGUUUCACACACAGGCAUCUCCACGAGCCCGGACAUCUUUUGGGCAGUUAUCUACUGGGAACAGUGAAAGCAAGAAAUAUUCCACCAGAUUCCACCCCGAAAAAAAACCUGCACCCAUUGCAGAAGAAGAAAGACCAGUUCAUAUGGGAACAGCAGAGGUUCUUCAAGUUCACAAUGAGGCAGCUGUGAGCGGCACUGAAACUAACAAUGAAGCUUCUGCAGAAUCAAAAGAAAACAGAAUGUAACCAAAUUCCAUGUGCAGGAGGGUCUGCAGUACACACGUAAAACAGGAGAGUGUGUGUGUGUGAGUGUGUGUGUGCCAUGCAGGCUUCAAGCACAGAUGUGGGAUAAAGUCAGCCUCCAGACAGGCAAGGCCCCGGUUUGACAUUUAGUCUCGUCAGAUGUAACUACACAAAAUCUAUCAUGCUGUGGUCCGGUUUGACACCCCCUAUGAAGACGUGCAAGAGUUAGUUAAACCCGGUUACAUGUCACACUACACGGUGUCAUAGUCUGCCACCUGAUUAGCGCAGUUUUAUUAUCGUAUUUUUGGAAUUAUUGUGUCCUCAAGGAGCCUUGCAACCAUGUCAUCCUGUUUUGGUUUUUGGUCCUCAAGAAAUGUUCUUUUUAUAAAUGUAUACAAUUAUUUAUGUGGAAAUAAAACUGUGGCCAAACAGGCUAUUCUGCAUGAUAAAAACUACUCAAAAUGAAGGCAAUUUUGAUUUCCUAAAAAAAUCACAAAAUAAAUAAACACUAAAUGGCUGCAUUUACAAUCUCAUGCAGAUAGGAGGGUGUCAAGAACACUGCGGACAGAAGAGAAAUGCAUCUUCAGAGAGUGGCUGCAAAAAUUGAGGCAAAUGCACCCAAGGAUUAAAGUGUUUGUUUAAAUAUGAUUGAAUCAAUGCGUUAAUAAAACAUCAGUUCUAUCCAUCCAUCCAUUAUCUAACCCUCUACAUCCUAGCUACAGGGUCACAGGGGUCUGCAGGAGCCAAUUCCAGCCAACACAGGGCACAAGGCAGGAAACAAACCCCGGGUGGGGCGCCAGCCCACCGCAGGCAUCAGUUCUGUGUAUGAUUUAGUGCAUAGAAAAGGACUUAAACUUAAAGCGGUGGUGUACUGUCUUGCUAUGGAGGGCAGGAGCAAACUGUUUAGUACAUAAUCUGCUGCCACAUACCUUCUUGUGUUGGAAUUACCCUUUGUGGUUCACUCCAUAAAACAUUUUACCUCCCUUUACAGCCAGCAGUGUCAUAUUACUGUCUCGUAAAGGUUUAUAGCAGGGCUAUUCAAUUACUAAUUCCGUUGGGCCAGACAUUUCCAGUGGCCGGUAAGCAGCAAACCAAAUGAAUCCGGGGAACACAUGUGACACAGGCACAUUAAAAAGAGAACUAAAAAACAAUACAAAGCUGUAACUGAACAGAAUCUCAGAUAGAAGCAAUAUUUCUUUUCUACUUUUGAAAUAAAAAAAAUAAAUAUUUGGGUCAUAUCUGAUCUAGGCAAAGUGCAGAAAAAUAAAACAGUGCACAGUAUUAGCAAUGACAUUUGUUUCCCUUUUGAAGUAAAAUAAACAUUUUGGUUACACCUGACCCAGAAUAUUAUAUUAUAUUUAUUAACAGAAUAAAAAAGAACCAUCAGCGCUAUCAAAGCUGAUAACAGUAACUGACACACUUGAAAAUAACGUCUACUGCGCACCGAGGGGACAGAAUUUCAUUUCGAAUCACAACGUGUGUCUUGACAUUGUGACGUGUCUCGCGACUGCAUGGGCUGUGGGGGCUCAGGGCGCCUCCCUAGAGAGAGCUGAGUGACAGGAUCAGGGUGAGAGGGGAGUGGAUGGUAAAAGAGCAGGAAGAGGCAGAAAAGCGGAAAGCUACCCCUUUUUGUUUUGGAGGUGUCCCCAUGACCCAAACAAGUAGCCAUAGAGCACCGUUUAUUGGACGGCCCACCAAAUAAAAAGCCAUGUGCCAUUUUAGGAGAAGUGGCUCCUGUGUGUUUUAAUAGAAGGGUCGUCACAAUAUCACAGACUACUGACACCACUUCUAGAUACACAACAAUAUGCUGCAUUGUGGGUUGAAUGGCGCUACGUGGAGUGGUCUGUACUACUGUAGGAAUUUCUGGAGGCUUGUGGAAAUAUUUUUCUCGGUUUUUCACUGCAUUUCUGGUGGCACCACAGGCUAGGCCACUGAGAGGUUGCUUCUGGACCGCAUGUGGCCUGCGGGCCGCAAUUUGAAUAGGCCGACUUUUAUCACUAGCAGCAGUAGGAGUGAUAGUAGUAGAAUUAAAACCUACCAAAAGUAUUUCAAAGAAACUCAAGAUUCACCCCAGUGUAGCUCACGAGUUCUUCAACAGUUUGCUAGUUUUAAUCCCGUCUGUGAUAUCACCUCUAAAUCUCCAUUUGCUCAACCUGAAGUGAUUCAGCUCCUACUGCCUUUCCUAUUAACUCCCAUCCCAGGGCUACUCAGACUGCGUAGUUGUGCUUUUCUGGAUUUCUUCUUGUAAAAUUGGGGUGAAAACUGCACGUUUUAUUCCAGAUGAAGCCUCAUGAGCUCAGCUGGCAAGCCAGUGUUAAAUAUCAACAGCUGUUCCCAAGUGAAUCAAUUGUCAGGUUAAACUCAAGCAAAUAUCUUUUUUAAUUUAUGGAUGUUCUUAGUUAUUUAGAAUUGUACUGAAAGUAAACAAGUAGAAAUGCUGAACAGCCACUGCAGUGCAUGGAUUUGGAAAUCUAAAUAUAUAUUUAAUGCAAUAUAGCAUAAAUAAAUCCUUCUGAUCUUUUUCAAAUAUUAGAAUUUUUAUUGUGUUCCUAACAACUUGAGACUCAAAAUGUCAGAAAUGUGUUGAUUUCAGAAGUAAGGCAUUGAUCACUUUACGCAGGCUUAACAGCUGCAUGGAUUCUGUUUGACCCAUACAUCCAUUCAUGGGACCUACUAAAGUGAGCUCAGGGGUGCAGGGUGCCAGUCCACCUCAGGGCACACACGGUCACACGCUGACACUGGGCUAGAGUGAGUCACCACUUACUCGAACAUGCAGGUCUGUGAGACAUGGGAGGUAAACCAACCUAAAAUCCAAUCAGACGUGUAAAAUGUACAGACUCCAUACCGAGAAUAAGCCGGGUUUGAGCAGAGGACUGUGGGGCAUUGUCACAGUACCACUGUUACCACCAUGUUAACAUUUAGUGAACCAGCUUACUCCAAUUUGCAGACCGGAUAGGAAGCACCCCAGAGAUAAGUGUCAGUCAGUCUGUCAUUUUUCAUUGGGAGGAAACCCACGCAGACACGGAGAGAACAUGCAAACUCCACGCAGGGUGGACCUGGGAAGCGAACCCGGGUCUCCUAACUGCGAGGCAGCAGAGUGCUGCCCAGUGAUAAGUGUCUUGUCUGUAAAAUAUAAUGUCUUUUUAAGCUGGGCAGACCUGAAUAUAAUUCUCUAACAUAAAAUAUAACACCUUGUCAAUGUUUUCAGAAUUACUGCACUUUUAAAGAGAAAGUUCUAAGUAGUUUAAAAUAUUCUGCAUUGAUUUUGUACACAAAUGCUUCUAGCACUGUUUUGGCAAUAGAGGUAUUUAUUGUUGCUCGUGGUGAGUGCUGUUGUUUCACAGCACCAGAUGGGCAGCAUGCGGACUUUAGACACACAGACAGCAGAGCAUUUCUUAGGAGCUGGAAGAUGGUAGAAAUAACCAGUGCUCACCUUUGUACAUAAUGCAGCUGCAUAUAUUGUUUAGUCUUUCUCUGAAUAAAUAUUGGUUUUAUGUCCAUUGUGAAUUUAAAUCCCAUCUCAGGUAUUGUCUGUGUAAAUUUCACAUGCUGUCCAUCUUCUCCUGUCUCGUCUUAACGUUGUGCAGAUCAGGCUCAUUGGUGACUGUGUAUUGGCCGACUACCACUGAAUGUGCCCCAUGAUGGACUGUCCAGUGCUGUCCAGACUGAAAUGUGAAUAUUCUGGGAACUAUUCUGUUAGUAAAUGAAAUAAUACUAAUAAUGAGAUAAGUACUGCUCUAUUUAAAUUUUUCAGGAUUAUCUUACAUGAGUUAUUAUGCCUUGACUAAUCUCACGGUGUGAACCUUUAAUGGUUGUUUUCUUAUGUUUGGAGGUGUUGAAUGGAUGACGAACACCUGAAGAAGGCCAAUUUUGAAUGAAUUGUAUGAAGUGCCUGAACUUAAUGAAAGAUGUUCAGUUUAUUGGGUAAUGUUAGACUCACCAGCUCUGUAUGCGAAUGUCAACAGAUCUGUGCCUAGCAAAUAUUUAAAUGCCGAGAGUCUGCCCUCUAAUUUGAUUCACUUUUAAUUUAGAUUAAGGAAAUAUAUAAAUAAAUUA